AUGAAGGACCCCUUCUUCUUUCAGCCCGUUCCAUGGCUCUCGGACUUAGUUCGUCCCCUGUCCCGUCGUCUCGAUCUGGUGACCCUGCCGCUGCACAUCCAUGAAGUUAUAUUCGCUGCUCUGCUCUACUCCGUCAUCUUCUAUCCGAUAUCGCCAAUCCUCUCUCGACUCAUUGCCUCGAAGCACUACUCACAGCUUUCCCGCCAAAAACGACUUAACUGGGAUGCUCAUGUUGUUUCCAUGGCCCAGAGCAUAUUCAUCAAUGGACUCGCUUUAUGGAUCAAGUGGGUAGAUGAAGAACGCAGUGGUAUGGAUAGAGAAGGUCGCAUCUGGGGCUAUUCCGGAGCACCGGCUCUGCUCCAGUCUAUGGCUGUCGGGUAUUUCGUUUGGGACUUGUUCGUCACUGCCGUUAACCUGGAAGUUUUUGGCAUUGGUACUUUGGCACAUGCCGUCUCUGCACUGAUUGUUUUUAGCCUGGGAUUCAAACCAUUUGUCAAUUAUUACGGAUGCAACUUCAUUCUCUUCGAACUUUCUACACCUUUUCUGAAUAUUCAUUGGUUCCUGGACAAGGUCAACAUGACAGGAUCCAAUAUUCAGCUCUACAACGGCUUUGCACUCCUGUUCACCUUCUUUGCAUGCCGGCUCGUCUAUGGACCUUACCAAAGCUACAGAGUCUUCAGCGACAUCUACGCUCUCAGUGGCAGAAGUCCGUCUUCACCAGGUAAAGGCGUAUUUGCAUACGUGACGUCAGAAACAUAUAUUCCAAAAUGGCUUUCUUUUGCUUAUCUGGCCAGUAAUGCGACACUUACUUUUCUGAACUUCUACUGGUUCUACACGAUGAUCUAUGCUGUUAGGAAGAGGUUUGUUCGGUCUCCUGGAGUGGAAGGCGAGAAGCCCGAGCCUGCCACUGAGGUUGAAAAAGACUUGAACGUUGCUGCCACCGGAAGAGCAUCGCAGACCAAACCUCGUUCUCGCCGUGCUUAG